CCUUUCCUUUUUCUAUUUUGUCUCUAACUGAGAGAACCGCAAACAACCAUGGGUUGGACCUAUCUUGAACUCAAACUCAUCUCCUGCAAAGAUCUCAAGGCCUUCAACUUCUUCCAGAAACUCUCAGCUUACUCCGUGGUUUCCAUGGUGGUCAUCAAUGAACAAUCGAAGAAGAAGGAAGAACACCAGAAGAAGUAUCUGCAGCGUCAGAAGACAUCGAUCGAGAGAGGAGGCAAAAACCCUGAAUGGAAUCACGUGUUCGAGUUCGACCUCCGGAGCUUGUCCCCUGAGGAAACCGAUCAUGUUUUUAUCAAGUUCGAUUUGCGCGCCGACGUUUUGGUUGAUCGAACAAUCGGUGAAGUUCGGGUUCCUUUGAAGGGUUUGAUUGAUGAGUUUGGUGGAGUCGUGCGGUACCUGACUUACCAGGUUCGAAACAGCGAUGGCAAGCCUAAUGGGGUGCUUAACUUCUCGUAUAAGUUGAAAGGGAAGAUCAAAACCAGUGGAAAUCAUGAUUCUGUGAAAUUUGUUUACGGCAAGAUGAAACCACAAGCCAUUGAAUCGUCUUCUUCACCUGAAAAAUCCCAUUGUUCCUCUGACAAAGUGGUUUACCCCAAGGUGGAACUCGAUGAUGAUAAUCAUCACUCAUGGCCACGAGAUGUUAUCCGCUAUCCUUCAUUGGAUUCUGCUGCUUAUACUGUUCCUCCACCGUUUCAAUGCCAAACACCGGUGCAGGGUAUGGUUCCUGGAGGGUACUUUGAUCCAUAUUCAAGACCAUCACCAGUGAUGCAGCCUUCUGCAACAUAUUGGUAUCCAGUGCAGUCAAGUUUACAGUGAUGAUACUUGUUACUACAUUAUUUAGGGAAACAAUUGUGCCACAGUAGCUGUUCUUUGCUUUUCUUUUUUUGGGCAAAA